GAGCGGCUCGCCCCCUCCCCCAGGUCAGUUGGCAAGCAGGUCUUGUGGUCUCUGCAGCACGGAUGUGUACCUGUAGGAUCAGGAAGUUCUGAGGGAAGCAAUGAGACUGAAACUUCUGCACCUUCAGACUAGAACUUUCCACGCUUUAACAGCAACAUGCCAACACCAGAGCUUUAAUAAAACUGGACAUCUGCUAUUAAAGCUGGCUAAUGAAGUUGAGAGAACAGCUCACAGAACAGCAAAGUCUUGGAAUUUGUGUGCUCUGAAAACUGCUUCACCUUGUUUGACAAGUCUGUGUGUGCAAGUCACAAAUUGGCAGUUGCUCCAAGGAAAUGCAUCAGCUUUGGCAAGAAAUGUUUGUUACCUGAAUGGAGAGAUUUUUUUUACAUCCUGGAAAUUUUUUGGUAUGGCAAUGAUGGAACACUACAAGUUUAAUACAGAGCAUAUUAAAAAGCUUUGGAACAUAUCAUCAAGAUUCUACUCAGUUGUAUCAGCUGGUAAAAUUAUUCCAAAACACAGUGACAGGCCAGUGAAGAGGCCACCGAAGGCACCAAGGACCAAGCAGCCAUCCAGAACUAACCAGCCACUACUGUCAGACAUGGAGAAUCUGAUGCAGUGCACAGCCUUUGCAACAGCAGAUGAAUAUCAUCUUGGUAAUCUGUGUCAUGACCUGACUUCACAAGGAUAUGUUGAAAUAACAAGUUUGCCUAGAGAUGCUGCAAAUGUCCUGGUGAUGGGUACUGAGAAAUGUGCAAAAGAAGAUGAUCCUGGCAUGAUUUUUUUCUUUAGGGAGGGGGCUGUUGUGUUUUGGAAUGUGGAAGAGAAAAGUAUGAAGAAUAUCAUGCAAGUGCUGGAGCAGCAUGAAAUUGAGCCAUAUGAAGUUGCACUAGUGCAUUGGGAGAAUGAAGAGAUGAAUUAUAGAAUAGGAGAAGGCCAGUCAAAGCUUCAUAAAGGAGAAAUUGUAAUAAAUUCUGAGCUGGGUAGUGAUGAAGUCGUUCUGCAGAAAUUUGCAUUUUCAAAUGCCCUUUGUCUUUCUGUAAAACUGGCUAUUUGGGAAUCAUUAUUGGAUAACUUUGUGGAAUCCAUACAGUCAAUUCCUGAGAUACUGAAAUCACGAAGGAAGGUGAAACUUUCUCAUGCAGAUGUGAUGCAGAAGAUUGGAGAACUCUUUGCAUUAAGACACCGUAUAAAUCUGAGCUCAGACCUGCUAAUAACACCUGACUUCUACUGGGAUAGAGAAAAACUGGAAGAGCUUUAUGAUAAGACAUGCCACUUUCUCAACAUUAAUCGUAGAGUUAAGGUAAUGAAUGAAAAGCUUCAGCACUGCAUGGAGCUGACGGACCUAAUGCGAAACCACCUGAAUGAAAAGCACACUCUGCGUCUCGAGUGGAUGAUAGUAAUACUCAUCACCAUAGAGGUUCUGUUUGAACUUGCAAGGGUAGUCUUCUGACAACAGAAUAAACUCAGGAAGAAGAAAACUGAAAAAAUCACAACCAUAUGGCUCAGAAAAUGCGUGUCGUGGAAUUAUGUCUCUUGAUAUAUAAAAAUACAUCUUCUAUUAAAAUUAAU